CUGCUGCUCUCGCUCUGGGUGCUGGGCCAGGGCUGUGGGCCGCUCAGUCUGCCCAGCCCCGGGAUGGCGAAGGUGGGGGGCUGCUUCUUCCCUGGGCGCCUGGGGCCCUCCCUCUCCCUCUGGAGGAGGAGGAGGAGGACGAGGCAGCCCCCAGCAGCAGCAGCCGCCGCCCCCGCCUCCCGGGCCCUGACGGGGGCAGCGGCACAAGCAGAGGCAGCCUCCGCCUCGGGGCCCCAGGAGAGGCUGAAGCGGCCGGAGGAGCUGCCCGGGCCCACGGCGCUCAAGUCCCUCUACUGGCUCUUGGCCAGGGGCUACUUGCUCCGGACCCACCGCCUGCAGGUCCUUUCCAGAAAGAUGUAUGGUCCCAUUUGGAAAUCCUGGUUUGGCCCAAUGAUCAAUAUUAAUAUUGGCAGCCCAGAAGUCUUAGAAGAGCUAGUGCGUCAAGAAGGAAAGUACCCCAUACGGAGCGACAUGGCUCUCUGGAAAGAGCACCGGGACAAGCGUCACCUCCCCUAUGGACCCUUCACUGAGGAUGGGGAACGAUGGCACCGCCUGCGACAGGUGCUGAACAAGAGGAUGCUCAAACCUUCAGAGGCCAUGCUAUAUGCAGAUGUCAUCAAUGAGGUUGUGUCUGAUCUGAUGGUACACCUGGAGGAUGAGAGAAACAAAAGCCCCUCAGGUGCAAUGAUCCAAGAUGUAGCCAAUGUAUUAUACCGAUUUGCCCUAGAAGGCAUCUCAUGCAUCCUCUUUGAGACCCGCAUUGGCUGUUUGGAAAAGCAGAUCCCAGCUGAAACACAACGCUUUAUUGAUGCUAUUGGAUACAUGCUGAAGAACUCGAUCUUUGCCACCAUCCUACCCAAGUGGACCCGGAAUGUGCUGCCUUAUUGGAACCGCUACCUAGAGGGCUGGGAUACUAUCUUUGCCUUUGGGAAAAAACUGAUUGAUCAGAAGAUGGUGGAGUUAGAGAAACAACUGGAACGGGGUGAGGAAGCCACAGGCUACCUAUCUUACCUACUGUCCAGUGGGCGACUUAGCCAAGAAGAAAUAUACGGCAGCAUCGCUGAGCUGCUUCUGGCUGGUGUGGACACAACAUCCAAUACCCUCUCAUGGGCCCUGUACCAUCUGGCCAGGAACCCUGACAUCCAGGAAGCUUUAUACCAGGAGGUGACCAAUGCAGUACCAAAAGACAGGAUUCCCAAUGCCAAGGAUCUCACCAGAAUGCCACUGCUGAAGGCUGUUAUCAAGGAGACUCUCAGGCUUUACCCUGUGGUCCCCACCAAUGCCCGAGUCAUUGCAGAGAAUGAUGUGGUUGUUGGGGGAUACCAGUUUCCAAAGGACACCCUCUUUGUAUUAGCCCACUAUGCUAUUUCACAUGAUGAGAGCAAUUUUCCAGAGCCUGAGCAGUUCAUGCCACGUCGCUGGCUGCGAGACCAGAGAGACUUGUCUCCUCACCCCUUCAGCUCCAUCCCUUUUGGUUAUGGUGUGCGUGCCUGCGUAGGGCGCCGCAUUGCUGAGCUUGAGAUGCAUCUGGCUCUUGCCAGGCUUACCCGGAUAUUCUUGAUCAGACCAGACCCACAGCAAACGGAGGUGAAGCCCCUUGCCCGUAUUGUGCUUGUGCCCGAUAGGCCCAUUAACUUGGAAUUCCUGGACAGACAGACAAUGCUUUAAUGAUUCACUAUCUUCCUUUUUAUAGACUGCAAAGAUUUUAAAGGACCAAUUCUAAGAUUUAAUCAUGUCCUGGACAGCUGGUCACUAGUGCUCCUCUCUGUUCUGUGUGCCUCUGAUAUUUGCCUUCACAGUUUUCUCCCUUUGCAAAGCUGAACAUAACAAUAUUGUAUUCUUGCUUCAGUUGUUCAGGGUGUGUUUGUAUAUAUGUGGGUGGCAGAACUUUUUGACUGUCUCCCCUUCCCCACUUGCUGGGGGGCUUAUAUACUACAAUGCUGAAGAACAAAAUUAUAGCAAUCCAGUGAUGGUUAUUAGAAUUCCUCUUCCCACUAAAUCAAGCUUCCUCAGUCUAGUGUCCUUCUGGUAUGUUGGCCUAUAAUUUCCACCAUUCAAGCCAAAUGGCCAUUUGCUGGAGAAAAUGGGAAUUGUAAUCCAGCCCAAGGAAAACAGUUGAUGUCUGAAAAGCAUCAGGUUGGAGGAGGGUGCCCUGCAACCUCUAGUCUGAUGCUUUCUGCUUUGCUAAUGGAACUAGAAAGCUUCUUGUUGGCUCAUUUGUUUUUUCAUUAAAUUGUAUUUUGUCUUUAAAUAAAGUUAAACAACAGAAGGUACAACAAGAUUACUAAAGAAAUAAAGAAAUAUGUUAUAACUCUUA